CUUCCGUGACAGUCUUUCUCCCUUCAAAGUUUUUUCAUUUCUUUCGAUUUCUUUCAAUUUUCCAUUCUUUCUGGUUUUUCUUUUUCUUUUUCUUUUUUUGUUGAAAACAGUUUCUGGGUUGACAAUGAAGGACAACGGUGUUGAAAACCCUCUGCGCCUUCAGUCUGUGAAUCAUAUCUCCCUCAUAUGCAGAUCAGUGGAAGAAUCAAUGGAUUUCUACCAGAAUGUUCUCGGGUUUUUCCCCAUUAGGAGGCCUGGUUCUUUUGAUUUUGAUGGGGCAUGGCUAUUCGGCUACGGUAUUGGAAUUCAUUUGCUGGAAGCAGAGAACCCAGAAAAGUUGCCAAAGAAGAAGGAAAUUAACCCAAAGGAUAAUCAUAUAUCUUUUCAGUGUGAGAGCAUGGGAGCAGUGGAGAAGAAGCUGAAGGAGAUGGAAAUUGCUUGUGUGAGAGCAACAGUGGAGGAAGGUGGUAUUCAAGUGGAUCAACUCUUUUUCCACGACCCUGAUGGAUUCAUGAUCGAGAUAUGCAACUGUGAUAGCCUCCCUGUGAUUCCCUUGGUUGGUGAAAUGGCAAGACCAUGUUCCCUUGUGAAUCUUGAGAAAAUGCAGAAUCAGCAGCAGAUACAAAACAUGCUUCAGCAACUGUGAUGAGGAUGAUGAUCCUGAAGUUCUUGAGUGGUGAAUCUUGAAGAGAAUAUCCAUAGGGAUCAAGGAGCAGUUAAGUUAAACUUUUUUAUGUAGCUGAGUUUUUAAUUUAUCAUCGUGGUGUCUCUUUUGUUCGGUUUCUUUCUUCCAUUGUGAUAUGAUCAUGAAAUAAAAUAACAAGCAAUUUGGCAAACAGAGUAGUGCUUUUCCAACGA